CGGCUGGUGUUGGCCGGCCGCUCCGAGGGCUCCCGCGGCCCGAGGUCGCCCGUGCUCGGCGUUCUCCCGCCGCCCGAGACCUCCCUCUGGCUGCGGUCUCUAGCGCCCCGAGAUCUCCAGGGCGGGCCGGGGUCUCCGCCCCCACCAUGCGGCCGAGGAGUCCUGGACUGCUCCUGCUGCUGCUCUGGGGCCUGCAAGCCGAGAGUCAAGAAGAAGUCCGAGCGAUGGUGGGCAGCGAUGUCCGGCUCCGCUGCAUUUACCCUGAAGGAAACAGCUUUGAUUUAAACGAUCUUUACGUUUACUGGCAAAUCAGCAUGGCGGGCAAAGGGAAUACCGACUCCGUGGUGACAUACCACCUAUCCGGAAACAGCUCUGCCAGCCACGGUGACAACCACUACAAGGACCGGGCUCGGCUGUCCUUGGACAGCAUGAAGCGGGGUGACUUCUCUCUGCACCUGCGCAACGUCACUCCCCAGGAUGAGCAGAAGUUCAACUGCCUGGUGUUUCGGAAAUCCUUGGAAUUAGAGAAGAUUUUGGAAGUUGCGGUCACGCUGCACGUGGCAGCAAACUACAGCAUGCCUGUGGUCAGUGGCCCGUCCCAGGAUGAGGAGCUCACCUUCACGUGCACGUCCACCAACGGCUACCCGCGGCCAAACGUGUACUGGAUCAACAAGACGGACAACAGCGUGCUGGAUGGCGCCCUGCAGAACAGCACAGUGUCCCUGAACGCGCGGGGCCUGUAUGAUGUGGUCAGUGUCCUGAGGAUCGGGCGAACCCCCCACGUCAACGUGGGCUGCUGCAUUGAGAAUGUGCUGCUACACCAGAACCUGACGAGCGGCCAGACAGAAACGUUCACAGGAACCAAGGACAGCGUCACAGAGGACCCAGUCGAUGGCAGCCCCAGCAGGGAACACCAGCCGAUUCUUGGCGUCCUUGUCGUGCUGGCCGUGAUCGUGUCCCUGGCUGUUGCCACAGGCUGGCUGUGCAGGAGCAGGUGUCAGCCCAGAAGCUACACAGGUGCCCAGAUGGAAAGGCCGGACCUGGCGCUCGCAGGGCACGUGUGAUGAGGGACCCCCCCAGGACGAGGCCGUGGCUCCCAGGAGAUGCCGUCAGCUGGGACGUCGGAUGGCAGCUCGAGAACUGACUCGGACAGGCCAGGCAGAGGGGACCAUCUGCGCCAGAAGCUCGGGGCUGCAUGGACACUGGCCUCCUGGCAUCGGGGGGAUGUGAAAGGCACCCUUGGAAGGACCACGCUGAUCCCGGGAGCAUGUGUCAGCUGCUGCCCCGAUCCCAAUGAACCUUUCAAAGGUUUGGCGUGGUGGCUCCCCAGGGCUACACAUGCCCCCAAGUAGGUGGGCCCCCCACCUUUGCCACCAAACACAGAACAAGAGAAGGGCCGUGACAACUGCUUCCUGCUACCAGCCCCGGACCCAACUCGCUGUGGGAUGAACUGCUGAAGCUGGAGGAAGAAUGUCUGGUUCAGGAAGAGUUGUGCGGGAGCCCUCUCUUCCGGAUGAUCCGUGCUGGGCAGUGGUUGCUCCAGGUGCAGCGGCCACUCUCUGGGUCUGCAUGUGAGGCUCCCACCCCACCUCCAGCCCAAAGGCCCCGUGUCUGUGUGCAUGUCCUGAAGCACAAAACAGGAAACACUGGAAAGCCCCCCUGAAUUCACGUCUCUCCAGGGUGCCCACUGGGAGGAAAACUUGACCUCCUUUGUUUUGGUCAGAAGCUAGGUUUCCCUCCUCAAAAGCACAUGGAAUUUAAGGAGAAGCUCUGUGCUGGGCUGAGCAGCUGGACAGGGCAGCCAAGGGCUUGGACUCUACUGUAGGGGACACGUGGGCAGGUCUGGGACAAGCAUUUCCAGUGGACACCAGUGUGGACCGUCAUGGUCCUUCACAGUGGGGCCAUGGGUGGACAGAGGGUGACCUCCCGGCCAUGGCAGCUUUUCUUCAAACACGGCAGACAUUCCCUCAAAUCUCGCUGGGCAGCCCCUGCCAGCCCCACACUGUUGCCUGUGCCCCCACCUGCCUCCCCUGAGGACCUGCAGGGUCACAGCAGCAACCUUGCCUCACCCAGGGGGUUCCUGGAGCCCACCAGGCCCGCUGGGUGACCGGAGUGGAGCCGUGGCCAAGUCCGGGGGCAGGUUGCCCGAUGCCCUGCCCCCGCCCAGGUGGUUUCCACGUUAAUUCCAGGACUGCAUCCAGCAGCUCAGUGUUCCCAGCAACGGAGUCUGUAACGGAGUCUGCCAGGUCGCCUGGUGGGCGGUGCACCACCCCCCCACAGGAAACGGGCCUGUCGCCCUGUGGUCAUUCAGCACCCAUGGGCAUGUGAGACCUGCACCUCCCAGACCCAGACUUGCAGCAAACUCAACAUGGCGGCUUGGCGUGGAUCCUGAGUCAACAGUGUUUCAAGAAUCCUGCGUAUGUUUGUACCAAAAACCCUCACAUGGCCUGUACAUGAGUGUGCUGUGGUAUCCACACAGACUUUUAAUAUGAAAACAUUAGAAGGCAUGUGUGGUUCCUCAGAGAAUGACAGAAGGGUGAGUCAUGGCAUCUCGAGCAAGAAGGCGGAGCAGCAGGUGGGGCCGGGCAGGUGGGAGCAGCCAUGUGGAUACGGGCAGGUGGGCGUGGCCCAUCCACAGUGACUAUGCUGUGACGCCAGGACAGGUACCCAGGAGGGCUGCUCUGCCACCCUGCUGGAGGCCCUGCCUGCAGACCCUGAGCAGCCUCUGGUGAGGGUAGGGUGGGGAGGGGGCAUCUCAGCCUGGCAGGAUGGCACAGCUGCAGGGAGACCGAGUCUGAUUCCAGCUUUCCAAUCAGAAGCAGUUUCCUUCUCAGGGAAGCAGCAGGGCUGGCUCUCUGGCUCAGGCCCCCUUGACAUCCUGGCCCAGGAGGGCCCCUAGGGGCUCUCUCCCACUUGCUUGUGGGCUCUGCCUUGGCCCUGGCCUUCCCGAAGCUGAGGCCACGCCCUCCAGGCUCCGUGCCAGAGUCAUCAUCUUCCUGCUGGGCUCCGACCGACCCUCCUGGCUGCCUCCCGGCCUCUGGGGCCGCAGCAGUGCCCACUGUCCAGCUCGCACAGGUCACCCCCGGCCAGUUCACCCUGGGGCCUCUGCUUGCGUCUCAAGCUGUGUUAUGGAUAGCGUGUGAGUGCCGAGUUUUGACAUUUUUGGAAGCCUGGUUCCAGAGAAUAUAAGCUAUUGGCAUGUCUGGGUCCAGACACUUAGGCCAGCACGCGGACCAACUCAGUCCUCUCGGCCAGCCCUGAUUGCGGUGGGGGACCCGGGCCCUGCCCCUCCAGAGUGGCCCCGUCUCCCGGGGGACAUGGGUCAGCACGGAGGCAUUUGGUCACUCUUGGGGAUUUCUACUGAUGGUGGGGGGGCACUUCUCAAUGUCCCACACAGGUGGAGUCCUGCCCAGAGGUCAGUAGCCAAGACUGAGGAUCCCCAUGUCACCUUUCCCCGCAGGGCAGGGCAGCAGAGCUGCUGUCGGGGUCCCCAUCUGUAUGGGGUACAGGAGAGGUGACUGAUAGUUCACCAGGGAACAUUCCAGGUCAGGGGUUGGGCACGAGUCCAGGGUGCUGGCAUUGCCAUGGGUGGAGGCCACAGGCUGCAGGAGUCUGGUCUCUGGGAGCCUGUGGCCCCUGCCCCCUCUGCCCUGCACACAGCAGGUAUGCAGUGAACACCUGUCAGGGAGGUGGAGCCUGCUGGCAGGGGGAGGCUCGUCGAGAGGGCAGGGGCCAGAAGGGAAGCCGCGUGACCAGCACACCCCAGUUUCCUUUCCCACAAGGCAGGCAGCUGGAGCCUGGUUCUGUCUCCCCGGGCCCUGCAGCUUGGACACUCCCCAUGACUGCAGCCUCCACCCUGGGGAGGGCAGCUGUGGCAUUGGAGACCCUCAGGAGAGGGCCACCCUGCUCUGCCAGUGCCCGUGAGGCCCCGGUGCUGUGACAGUGGUCGCUGGUUGGGCCGGAAGCUGGCAGGAGGCUCCGAACCGUGCCUGGGCCAAGCAGGCAUAUCCUGUCUGCAUCUCCUUCCAAGCCCCGGCUCCUCAGAAGGAGGCCGUUUCCAGUCAGAAGGCACUGACCUGGCACCAUUCUGUCCUUGGUGACUGGCGCCCCAUCCCUGCACUGGCCCAGCCCAAAGAUGGUACCCCCCCAAUGUGGCCUGCCCUGCGUUCCCCACCCUCAUCAGGCCCACCGGGCACCGCUAACCACCCCUCUGCUGCAUUCCUGAAUGUUCUCCAGCCCUGACUCAGCACCCGCCCCCACACCAUCCCCAGCUGCCCAGGGCUCCUUCCUGAUUCCUGACUCCCAUGGGGAGAGCCUCCUUCAUUACUAGU